UUGGCUUUGAAAAAAUGUGAAAACACUCCAAUAGGCCGAGUCGGAAUGGACGGAAUUUCCGGAGGUGAAAAAAAGAGACUGUCUUUCGCAGCAGAAGUGCUUACAAAUCCUUCAUUGAUGUUUUGCGAUGAACCCACUUCCGGUUUGGAUUCCUUCAUGGCUCUCAAUGUUGUGCAAGUUUUGAAAACAAUGGCACAGACCGGCAAAACUGUCGUAUGUACUAUUCACCAGCCAAGUUCGGAGUUGUACGCCAUGUUCGAUAAAAUUUUGCUGAUGGCUGAAGGAAGAGUGGCUUUUCUGGGAUCUCCUGAAGAAGCGGAUAUAUUUUUUAGAGA